AUGGACUCAGACCCCAACUCAAGCACAAAGGCCCUGGCCCAAGAAUUUUACACAUCAUUCCAGUCCUCCCGCUUUAAAAUCACUGAGCAACUCGACGGUCUGCUCAAGUCGAAGCCUACGGCUGAUGCGCUGCAACCAGUCUCUCAAGAGAUCGCUCAACUACGGAAGAGACUAGUCGAUGGUACUGACCUUCUUCCGGCCUACGAUCAAAGACAAUGCGAGGCCCAAAUGACGGCUCUAGAGACUCAUCUUGAAAGCAUCCGGUCUUCUGCUACAGCCAAACCAAAAUUUUCCUUUCAACGCAAGACGAACAAAUCUUCUUCCUCUGUUGUAGGCAAUACAAUAAAAUCGGGCACACCUGCGCCACGUGUACCGGCCACAGAGCCAGCCUCGACGUUUUACACUCUUCAAAAGCAUGCUCAUCGGUACCUCACCUCCGCAUCUCUUCCACCCCCAACACCAGGCCAGCCACAGUCGGACUUAACCAUAUCGGAUCUGGACCAUUGCAUCGUCAAUCUGUGCUCGUCAACCGCUCAGUAUCAGUUAGAUUCGGAACAGCCCUGGUCGCAUGCCUUGACGGCCUUGCAUAUUUGGAACCUUCGUUCAACAAUUGUGUUGUUGCCAAAUAUAUCGGGUAGUGUACUGCUCCAUGAUCUCGAGGGGUGUAUUAUUUUUCGAAUGCAUACUUCCAAGGAUGUCGCUGUAUACCUGAACAUACCCUCAAGUCCCAUCAUAGAACAUUGCUCACAGAUUUUGUUUUCUGAGUAUCCUUCCUUCAUCGAUCCGUCAUUGUCUUUGGAAGAGGUGUCUCGAAGUAAUCAUGUGAACGUCCUCGACUUUUCGCAUAUCAUCACUACGACCCCAUCACCAAACUGGUCACUUAUCCCCGAAUCAAAGCAGAUCAGCAAAGAUGGCUGGGCUGGAUUGAUGACGUUCGGUGGCGGCGAGGGAAACAUCGACGAGAUGUUGAGCAGAUAUGACAUCAAGAAUUGA